CAUUAACUUCCGGAAAAGUCCUGACCCAGAGAGGAAAAACCCCGAAGGAAACAAUAACAAACGAGAAGAGGAAGCGAUUGUGGGGUUCCUGUGUUGAACGGGUCUGGCCCCAGAAGAUGAGCUUCGGCCCCUGUCAGGAGACGUGAGAGCGUUCGGUGGGCUUCAGCCAGCCUUUCUCCACCUGUUCCCCCGCGGGGACCCUCCGGGUGUUGCCAUGGCAGGCGUGGGGCCGGGGGGCUACGCGGCGGAGUUCGUGCCACCUCCCGAGUGCCCAGUGUUUGAGCCCAGCUGGGAGGAGUUCACCGACCCGCUCAGCUUUAUCGGCCGCAUCCGGCCUCUGGCGGAGAAAACCGGCAUCUGCAAAAUCCGACCGCCCAAGGAUUGGCAGCCUCCAUUUGCAUGUGAAGUAAAAAGCUUUCGUUUCACUCCCAGAGUCCAGCGCCUGAAUGAACUUGAGGCAAUGACCAGAGUGAGACUGGACUUUCUGGAUCAGUUAGCAAAAUUUUGGGAACUCCAAGGAUCUACUUUGAAGAUUCCAGUGGUGGAGAGAAAAAUCCUGGAUCUGUAUGCUUUGAGCAAGAUUGUUGCCAGCAAAGGAGGUUUUGAAAUGGUCACCAAGGAGAAGAAAUGGUCUAAAGUGGGUAGUCGCUUGGGAUAUCUGCCAGGAAAAGGAACUGGGUCUCUUUUGAAGUCACACUAUGAAAGAAUUCUCUACCCAUACGAGCUUUUCCAAUCUGGUGUCAGCCUUAUGGGUGUACAAAUGCCUAAUUUAGAUCUAAAGGAAAAAGUAGAGCCUGAGGUUCUUGGCACUGAUGUCCAAACUUCCCCAGAGCCGGGCACAAGAAUGAACAUUCUGCCGAAAAGAACAAGACGUGUCAAGUCUCAGUCAGAAUCUGGAGAAGUGAAUAGAAACACGGAACUGAAGAAACUUCGAAUUUUUGGGGCUGGCCCUAAGGUCGUGGGCCUAGCAAUGGGAGCAAAAGAUAAAGAAGAUGAGGUCUCCCGAAGACGAAAAGUUACCAACAGGUCAGACGCAUUUAACAUGCAAAUGAGACAACGGAAAGGAACUCUCUCUGUUAACUUUGUUGAUCUCUAUGUUUGUAUGUUUUGUGGUCGGGGAAAUAAUGAAGAUAAAUUGCUUUUGUGUGAUGGAUGUGAUGACAGCUAUCAUACAUUUUGUUUAAUUCCCCCACUACCUGAUGUGCCCAAAGGAGACUGGAGAUGUCCUAAAUGCGUUGCUGAGGAGUGCAAUAAACCUCGAGAGGCCUUUGGAUUUGAACAAGCAGUACGAGAGUAUACACUCCAAAGCUUUGGAGAGAUGGCAGAUAAUUUUAAGUCUGAUUAUUUCAAUAUGCCAGUUCAUAUGGUUCCUACAGAACUAGUGGAAAAAGAAUUCUGGCGGCUGGUGAGCAGCAUCGAAGAAGAUGUUAUUGUAGAGUAUGGAGCUGAUAUCUCCUCAAAAGACUUUGGAAGUGGAUUUCCUGUAAAGGAUGGUCGGAGAAAGAUGCUGCCAGAAGAAGAGGAAUAUGCGCUUUCUGGUUGGAAUUUGAAUAAUAUGCCUGUCCUAGAGCAGUCUGUUCUUGCACACAUUAAUGUAGACAUCUCUGGGAUGAAGGUGCCAUGGCUCUAUGUGGGAAUGUGUUUUUCUUCUUUCUGCUGGCACAUUGAAGAUCACUGGAGUUAUUCCAUCAACUAUUUACACUGGGGGGAGCCAAAGACAUGGUAUGGUGUGCCCUCUCAUGCUGCAGAACAACUGGAAGAGGUGAUGAGGGAGCUGGCCCCUGAGCUAUUUGAAUCCCAGCCUGAUCUCCUGCAUCAGUUAGUCACCAUCAUGAAUCCCAAUGUACUGAUGGAGCAUGGUGUGCCUGUGUACAGGACCAAUCAGUGUGCUGGCGAGUUUGUUGUGACGUUUCCUCGUGCCUAUCAUUCUGGAUUUAACCAGGGCUACAACUUUGCUGAAGCUGUGAACUUCUGUACUGCUGACUGGUUGCCCAUUGGACGUCAGUGUGUCAAUCAUUACCGACGGCUAAGGCGCCAUUGUGUCUUUUCACAUGAAGAACUCAUUUUCAAGAUGGCAGCAGAUCCAGAAUGCUUAGACGUGGGCCUGGCUGCCAUGGUGUGCAAAGAAUUGACUCUCAUGACCGAAGAAGAGACAAGAUUAAGGGAGUCUGUUGUACAAAUGGGUGUCCUGAUGUCCGAAGAAGAGGUAUUUGAACUUGUUCCUGAUGAUGAGCGACAGUGUUCAGCGUGCAGAACCACAUGUUUUCUCUCUGCUCUGACGUGCUCCUGUAAUCCUGAGCGGCUUGUGUGUCUCUACCAUCCAGCUGAUCUGUGCCCCUGCCCCAUGCAGAAGAAGUGUCUUAGGUACCGCUACCCAUUAGAAGACCUCCCUUCUCUGCUAUAUGGUGUGAAAGUCAGGGCACAGUCCUAUGACACUUGGGUCAGCCGUGUUACAGAAGCAUUAUCUGCCAACUUCAACCACAAGAAAGACUUGAUUGAAUUACGAGUAAUGCUGGAAGAUGCUGAGGAUAGGAAAUACCCAGAGAAUGAUCUCUUUAGAAAACUCAGGGAUGCUGUAAAAGAGGCGGAGACCUGUGCCUCUGUGGCUCAGUUGCUUCUCAGCAAAAAGCAGAAGCACAGGCAGAGCCCAGAUAGUGGGAGGACUCGGACCAAACUGACAGUGGAAGAAUUGAAGGCCUUUGUCCAACAACUUUUUAGUCUUCCAUGUGUCAUCAGCCAAGCUCGACAAGUAAAGAAUCUCCUGGAUGAUGUGGAAGAGUUUCAUGAACGUGCUCAAGAGGCCAUGAUGGAUGAAACCCCAGAUUCCUCCAAACUCCAAAUGUUGAUAGACAUGGGUUCUAGUCUCUAUGUGGAGCUGCCUGAAUUAGCUCGACUAAAGCAAGAGCUACAGCAGGCUCGAUGGUUGGAUGAAGUAAGACUGACCCUAUCAGAACCACAGCAGGUCACUUUGGAUGUCAUGAAAAAACUGAUAGACUCUGGGGUGGGGUUGGCGCCCCACCAUGCUGUGGAGAAGGCGAUGGCUGAACUACAGGAGCUCCUUACCGUCUCUGAGCGAUGGGAAGAAAAGGCCAAGGUCUGCCUGCAGGCAAGACCACGGCACAGCGUGGCAAGUUUAGAAAGCAUAGUGAAUGAAGCCAAGAACAUUCCAGCCUUUCUACCCAAUGUGUUGUCCCUGAAAGAAGCCUUACAAAAGGCUCGAGAAUGGACAGCUAAAGUAGAAGCUAUUCAGAGUGGCAGCAACUAUGCUUACUUGGAGCAGCUGGAGAGCUUAUCUGCUAAAGGGCGCCCUAUCCCUGUGCGUCUGGACGCGUUGCCCCAAGUAGAAUCACAGGUAGCAGCUGCACGGGCAUGGAGAGAACGGACGGGGCGGACCUUUCUUAAGAAGAAUUCUAGCCAUACGUUGUUGCAGGUGCUGAGUCCCCGGACUGACAUUGGUAUAUAUGGGAGUGGUAAAAACAGAAGGAAAAAAGUAAAAGAACUAAUAGAAAAAGAAAAAGAAAAGGAUCUAGACCUUGAGCCUCUGAGUGAUCUGGAGGAAGGAUUAGAGGAAACCAGAGAUACAGCCAUGGUGGUGGCGGUUUUCAAAGAACGGGAGCAAAAAGAGAUUGAAGCUAUGCAUUCCCUCAGAGCAGCCAAUCUAGCCAAGAUGACAAUGGUGGACCGCAUAGAAGAAGUAAAGUUUUGCAUUUGUCGCAAGACAGCCAGUGGGUUUAUGCUACAGUGUGAGCUCUGCAAAGACUGGUUCCAUAACAGCUGUGUUCCCCUCCCUAAAUCAGGUUCCCAAAAAAAAGGGUCGAGCUGGCAGGCUAAAGAAGUCAAAUUCCUUUGCCCUCUAUGUAUGCGAUCUCGAAGGCCAAGGCUAGAGACUAUUCUGUCACUCCUGGUAUCCCUUCAGAAGUUACCUGUCCGUUUGCCAGAAGGAGAGGCCCUGCAGUGUUUGACGGAACGUGCUAUGAGCUGGCAGGACAGAGCCCGGCAGGCGCUGGCCACGGACGAGCUGUCCUCUGCCCUAGCCAAGCUGUCUGUGUUGAGCCAGCGCAUGGUGGAGCAGGCAGCUCGAGAAAAAACUGAGAAGAUCAUCAGUGCAGAGCUCCAAAAAGCAGCUGCCAAUCCAGACUUACAGGGACACUUACCUAGUUUCCAGCAGUCUGCUUUUAACCGGGUGGUGAGCAGUGUAUCUUCUUCUCCUCGGCAAACAAUGGACUAUGAUGAUGAAGAAACAGAUUCUGAUGAAGACAUUCGGGAGACCUAUGGCUAUGACAUGAAGGACACAGCCAGUGUGAAGUCUUCCAGUAGUCUGGAACCCAAUCUUUUUUGUGAUGAAGAAAUUCCCAUCAAGUCUGAAGAGGUGGUCACUCACAUGUGGACAGCGCCUUCAUUUUGUGCAGAACAUGCUUAUUCUUCUGCUUCUAAGAGUUGUUCUCAAGGUUCUAGUACCCCAAGGAAACAGCCUCGGAAGAGCCCUUUGGUGCCCCGGAGUUUGGAACCUCCAGUGUUGGAGUUGUCACCUGGCGCUAAAGCCCAGCUGGAAGAACUUAUGAUGGUUGGGGAUCUCCUAGAAGUAUCUCUGGAUGAGACUCAACACAUAUGGCGGAUUUUGCAGGCCACACACCCACCCUCUGAAGACAGAUUCCUGCAUAUCAUGGAGGAUGACAGCAUGGAAGAGAAACCAUUAAAAAUAAAAGGAAAAGACUCUUCAGAGAAGAAACGGAAACGGAAGCUAGAAAAAGUCGAACAGCUCUUUGGAGAAGGAAAACCGAAGUCCAAGGAGUUAAAAAAAAUGGAUAAACCUAAAAAGAAGAAAUUAAAACUAAGUGCAGAAAAAUCAAAGGAGCUGAAUAAACUGGCCAAGAAACUGGCGAAGGAAGAAGAGAGAAAGAAGAAGAAGGAGAAGGUAGCUGUGGCCAAAGUUGACCUUGUGAAAGAGACUACUGAGAAGAAGAGAGAGAAAAAAGUGCUGGACAUCCCCUCAAAGUAUGACUGGUCCGGGGCGGAAGAGUCCGACGACGAGAAUGCUGUGUGUGCAGCACAGAACUGCCAGAGGCCCUGCAAGGACAAGGUAGACUGGGUACAAUGUGAUGGUGGCUGUGAUGAGUGGUUUCAUCAAGUUUGUGUGGGUGUAUCUCCAGAAAUGGCUGAAAAUGAAGAUUACAUCUGUAUAAACUGUGCAAAGAAACAAGGGCCAGAUAGCCCUGGUCAAGCACCACCUCCUUCCUUCAUAAUGAGCUACAAACUACCAAUGGAGGAUCUUAAGGAGACCAGUUAGCAGUUGCUGGAUAUGGAUGUGCCAAGUGAUAUUUACAGCAUGCGAAGGAAACAGUGGGGUGUGAGUCCGUGUUGGAACUGCAGUCUUCUCUUGGCCUAUCCAGUCACCACUAUGCAAUGGCUGAUGUGCACUGGGAAAGGAUGUGACGGGUGUAGAUGUAUCUUGCUUAUUCUGACUUUUGCAAUACUCCAAGAUGUCUAAACGGGAAUGUCUUUUGUAAACCUCAAGAUCCUCUAUUGAUUAUUCUCUUACAUAUUUAUUUACCUGUUAGUGAGACACUUCAAUAUAAAAUGGACUCUAAUUUACCAAGGUUUUUGGUGGUGCCUUAUGAAAAGUAUGACUUGUUUUCUUGUUUUUGGAGCAUGUUUUCCAUUUCUUUUGUUUUCUAAAAGAAUAUUAGAUAUGGUUAUUUGCAUUACAUCUAAAAAAUAAAAAAAUUUCUGUGCGUG